CGCGUGGAAUCCUCCAACAAACAAGCAUGCUUUCCUGGCGAUCUUGCAGUGUUGGACGAAGCUGUGAAAGUGUUAGAUUCCUCUUUAGCUCAGAUCAAAUGGCGCCUCAAGCCUUCUACCAAGCGCCGAUUAGAAUUAGGUGAUAUGGUGACUCCUAUAAUUUUGUGGCAGAUAUUCUGGCCCUAUCCACAGGAAUGAGACCUGUUGUCAUGGUGGACUAUGGUGGAAAGAUGCCUGAGCUACAGCACCAUCUUUGUUCACUCCUCGAACUUUGUCUAAAGCUGUCGCCGGUUUUUGAGCUUCUAAGGGUGAUGAUUAUACAAGAUAUGAUUUACUUGAUCCACAUAAAAGGGUUAGCUGAGCAUGUUAGAUCAACUUUAAACUCGGAAGUAAAGUUGGUCUUUGUGGACCUUGAACAGGAACCUCCACAGAUGAUAACAGAGAUAGAGAAAAGCCCAUUAGCAUUGCAACUCAUAUCAAUUCAGAAGUUGUUCUCAUCAAUAUUUACUCAUGAGGGAAUACACAAUCUAUCAUCAUCUCAAGGCACAGAGCCUAUGGAUAAUUCCCAAUCCACUUGCUGUCAGAUUUUUUAUUCUCAGUCUACUGAGUGCAUUGAUCUCAGCAAUUGUAUGAAGGACUCUAAAGUGACAGUACCAACCUUGAAUGGAUGGCUUCUAGGCUAUCCGGUGGUGUAUCUGUUCAGCAAGGAGCACAUUGCUGAUGCUAUUUAUAAUCUUUCCACCAAAUAUCUCCACAUUUUCCAAUUAUCCAUCUGCAGGAAUCAUACCCUCAAGAAAGAAUCUCAAGCAGAAGAACUGUUAAGUUUUUCGGUGCCUUAUGAUCUGAGCACAAGAGGGAGCAGUGAAAAAUGGGCAGAGUCUUUUAUGGCUCACAUGCGAGCAAAGUGGGAAAGAUGUGCAUAUGCUUGGAAGUUCUUGAAGAUGGAGGUUGAUGAAUGCCAUCCUCAGGCUAUUGUGCUCUAGUUAUGUUUUUGAUUGGUCACUUUGUCCAACUAUGCCCCCUUUUACCAGCCGCAAAAUGAAGUGCGCGAGAAAGAGAUCAAUGAGUACUUUAAUCGUUAAAUGAGCCUUCUUUUGAGGCCAAAUUUCCUUUGACAACAAUACGAAUGGUUCGUGUAACUCUAUAACUCACCUCGCAGGUUGUUAUGGACCAAGUUGCUUCAGAAGGAGGCAGGCACAUUGCUAGUUCGAGAAGCAGGAAUUCCCGAAACAAAAGGCACGAUUGAUGUUUAUAAUUCACUCAUGUAAUCCGCAUAUUUAAGAUUUGGAGACUCAGUCGUCUGAAUCAGUUCAUUUGCUUCGAGAACAUAGCUAGUAGGAAGAAUAAUAAUUCUCGUUGGAAUGAGAAUUACGUUGUCCGUUACAACUC